GCCUGUGCCUUAUGAGGCUUCGCCGCACUUUUCAUCUACCUGCUGCCCACUCCUCUCCCACGUCUUGAUUGGCCAUCUUGGCCGAAAUCCUCUUGAAUGAUUUCAAACCCGAGUGUUUGGACAAGGAGGAGGGGGGUCUGCUAAUACCGAGCUGGCAGGGUGGAAAGGCUUGAAUCCUCCGUCCGCCGACACACCACCUCAGUAAAGAGGCUUAUCCGAGAAGGGUUGUUGACCGUAAAACGCGUUCAGGAGAGAACCGCCGGUAAAAGAAAAAAAAAAAAAAGUGGGCUUGCACAGGUAGCGUGUUCAGUCGAACGGUCGCCAUUUUCGUGUAAAAUUAAGAUAAGAAUUUCAGAUUGUCGCGUUUUAUGUUUCUCAUCAUUUGAAUGGAGCGAUGUCCAGAGGGGACGGCGCACAUUGCGAUGGGACGCGGUGUGUUGUGUUGACGGGACUCGGAGGCAGGGACCAGGACCUGAUUGAAAAUCACUGGUAAUCAAUUUAAAAUCAUGUGUUUUCGUUGUUGACGGAAUGUGAAUACCAGCAGUUGAUUCACAUAGGAUUUUCCUUUGAAAGAUUAGUGAGGGUAUUCAGUUCACGCUCGGGUUGCCAUAGCAUCCCAUUAAUAUUUUCCCUUUCAUUAUCGGCCUGUUGAAAAGGAGGACAUAACGAUACUUUGGCAAUUUGGACAAUGUGUUCAUUUUUUAACACAAUUCCGCAAUUGAGGGUUGGUUAAAUGAGUUCUGACAGUUAAUCUCAAGCCACAUUUUUAAACGAACUGAGACUCAUAGCCAAGGCAGUCAUGGCUAAAAAUCCGUCCGAGGGGCCGAAGGAUGACCUGAGCCAGCUGACGGACGAGGAGCUGCUGCGGUGCAGCAAAGAGGAUCUGGUCAGGAGAUUAAGGAAGGUUGACAGUGAGAAAAUGAACUUGAUGAUCGAGCAUGGGAACAUGAUGAAAGACAUCAACCGGAGGCUGCAGGUGCACCUGCACGAAAUCCGUAGCCUGAAAGAGAUCAACCAGAAGCUGCAGGACGACAACCAUGAGCUCCGGGAGCUAUGUUGCUUCCUGGAUGACGACCGACAGAAGGGCAAAAAACUGUCCCGAGAGUGGCAGCGCUUUGGCCGCUACACUGCCAGUGCCAUGUGGAAGGAAGUGGGCACCUACAUGAUGAAGCUGAAGGAGCUGGAGGCCAACCAGGAGACCGUGUUGAGGGAGAACUCUGAGCUGAAGGAGAUCAUCCUCAUGCUGGAUGAGGAGAGGAACGGGGCAGGGUCCAGGAGCUCCAUAGACAGUCAGUCCAGUUUGACCAAUCUCAAUGGGGGCACUGGCACGGUCAGGGAUGUUGGGGACGGGAGUAGCACAUCUAGCACAGGUAGUGCUGGGAGCCCCGAUCACCACAAUCACAACCACAUACACAAGCCCACAGAGAACAGUAAGAUGGGCCCCACCAUGAGGCGGUCCAUGGAUGACCUGUCAGCACCACACCAUCACAGGAGCAUCCCCAAUGGACUUAAUGAUUCCUCCUCCAACUACAUCAGGCAGCUGGAGACGAAAGUGCGGAUCCUGGAGGACGAUAACAAUAAGCUUCUCUCACAGGCUUAUAGCCGGUAUAGCUUAUCACAGAUACAGACGAAAAAGCAGUGUAACCCAGGUGACCUUCGUGCCCUGAGGAAGGGAAUGACCCUCUACCACUCAGAGUCCCAGCUGUCCUCACUGCCCCAGCGCCAGGACGCCAUGCACAUGGGUACGGGUCGUCUCCCAACCAGCGAGUCCUCUCCUGCCACAGGCUACCUGUCCUGCGUCCAGAAGCCUGAGGCUGUGGUGCAUGCCAUGAAGGUGCUGGAGGUCCAUGAGAACUUGGACAAGCAGGUUCCCGAGGACUAUGAGGACGAUCUCAGUGAGAAAGAGAAGGCCAUUGUGCGAGAGAUGUGCAACGUGGUGUGGAGAAAGCUGGGUGAUGCAGCAGGAUCAAAGCUGUCCAUCAGACAGCACCUCUCUGGGAACCAGUUCAAAGGGCCGCUGUAGCAAGGCAACCAGCGAGAGACGGAGCGAACGAGAGAGAGAGAGAGAUCAGGAUCUACAGUACCUGCACUCACCUGAAAACACCUCUUACUACCUGCGCCUACACGACCCAUCAUGCCAUGCUCCCCACUGCCUACAGCACCCAGCAUUCCUUCAACAAACACUCUCUUAAGACUGGCUAAAAUAGCCACAGAAUGGACCUGUUAGUCUGUUAAUCACAUGUACAACUUUACAUGUACAAUAUGUUUUAAUCUCUCAGAGCUUAUGUUGACAACUGGCAGCUAGUUUCACUGAUUCACCACUUUUCUUCGUUGGUUUGGAGGCUUCCUGCUACACAAUGAUCUCUCUCCACUACACCACUACAAACACUUACCACUUAUAGUCCUACAUAGCAUAGCUAUGCUACAUUAAGCUAGCGAUAUGACAUGGUUUCAAGCACAGGACCAAUAAGGCCGCAGGGGCAGAAAUCUCUCCACAUGUUGCUGGGAUGUGGAGGCAACAUUGUGGCGGUAUCUUCAGAUAAGCUUUGAUAGUACCUUCUAUAGAGACCCUAGCUCCUGUCACAUGUAUCGCCCCUCCCCCUAGUGGUCAACAAGUAUAACUAGCAUUAGCAUUCUAAAGUGUUAACUAAGUGAAACCCACUGUGACCUAGCGCCUUUUGCUCAUAAGACAAGUCUAUGGAUAAUGAAGUCUAGAGAUCACUGUUAACUUGUGUAUAUUAUGUAUAAAACCAUGGCACUACUUCAUUGUUAUUGUUGAUUUUACUUUUAUCUAUUUUGUAUUCUAGCGUGGCCAUGUGAUCAAUAAUUUAGUUUGAAAAGCACACACACAACCGGACCUUUAAACAGGGUUUGCUUUUGGUAAUAGACUUUAAUCUUUUAUUCUUUUCCAGAUGAAUUGCUAUUAUUCCUUCUCUCUGUAACCUCUGAAAAUGUAUCAAGGCCAUUUUGAAUCAAAUCAUCUCAAUGAGUUAAAGGAUAAAUAAUUUUCUUUGUGAAAUUAACUAAAAUUGUAUGCUGUGUGCAUGCUUGACAAUCAUUUUCUCAGGUUGGGAGGGCUACAGCUUUACCUUUGCCCAUCUGUGACUGCGAGAGCAUGUUGGCGUGAGUGUGUGUGUCUGUGUGUGUGUGUGGGUGUGUGGAAGGAGACUGAAUGGUUCUCUUGCAGCUGUAGCAUCUGCCUGUGAAUCCUCUCUCUGCUUUUUAAACCCUGGUUACAACACGGUUGAAAAAUGCUGAAGACAUUUGCUGAAUCCAUACCUAAAGCAUCGUCCCAUUAAUGAUAAUAAAAUUUUAAAUGCCAAACGCUAAAACCCUAAAUUCAGUUUGGAUGGCUUUUUUUUUUUUUUUGGGUUGCUCUGAAUUCCUUGAUUAUCAUUUUAUAUCUCAGUAGAUGAAAAGGUCACUUUUCUUAAACUCAGACCUUUUCUGUAGUCAUGGAUUCAGCAGGUGUGUUUAUGCAGCGCAUGUUUCUUAAAGUUGAAUCUUUUUUCUUAGAAUAUAAGAGAUAAGUCUUCCCUUAGAUGUCUUCUGAAAACACUAACAUUUAAAAUGAGUAUUUCUUGAUGUCAGAACAAACAAACACUGUUUGUCAAAGUAUUUAUUGCCAGGUGUCAGAUAGAGAUGGGAGUGCUCUCAGUGACUGAUCAGUCAUGUUUCGAAUUGAUCAGAAGUUAUCUGAGAGAUUAGUGUAAUGACUGACAGCUCAGGCUCUCCCAUCUCUAGUGUUAUUUGUUCCAAAUUAGAACAUUUGAGGCUGCCCGCCAUGCACCUCUGAUCUCUCAAAUAAUGGGUCAAAAAAUAAAUCAAAGUAUGGUUUUUAAAAGUGUCCUUUUUUCUAGGAACUGAUUUGAAGCCAUGAUACAAUUUUGAAUACUUUAUAUAUGGCAUUUGAUUUGAGAUGUGCCACAUUUUUUUCUGCAUGGUGUUUUGAUUUGGAACCCAACUGUCUUUUUUUUUAAAACAUCUAUAGUGUUUCUUUUUUUCUGCCUAUAUGCUAAAACCACAGUACAGAAUCCUAGAAUCUACAGCGUAAAUGUCAAUUCCUGCAGUAGCUAGCAUGGCUGUAACUUUUUUUCAUGAAUUUCACUGAUAAGAUGAAUAUUUGGCAGGUGAAAAAGAAACUUAAAAUAGGCCACUUUUAGAAAAAUUUGGGAAAGAAAUAAACAAAGUUGGUUAAUGAUA